GUCCCUUGACACUAGACAUGCAAGUUGAUUAAUUUCCUUGAUAAGGCCAGUUUUCAUGCUGACCGUUAUUAAGGUAGGUGAAACCUUGAUGGUUAUCCUGGGGCCAGCUCCACACAUUCAGAAUUGAAGUUGUGAGUAGGGCUUAACUUUGGAAUCAAAAGUUCUAGCCUACUUUUAGUCGUUCACUUAUUUCGAAAAAUAUUGGAAUUGUUUAACUUGGAGUAAAAAGUGAUGGAUGUUUUAGAUCCAUUAAAAUUGUUGCUUUAACUUUAACUGAACUUUAUUCUAGGGUAAAAUUGACCAGAACUUUUUGUCUGAAAGUUGAGGUCAACGUUUGACUUAAGAGCUUGUGUGAAACAGAGGCCUCUAUGCUGUUGAGUGUGUAAGUUAGAGACAGGGCACUACAUGCGGCAAGUGAGUCUUAUUCUGUACUACCUGGGGCAGUGACAAUUAAGUUAAGUCUGUUAUUAUGUAGUACUAACUUGGAGCACUUACAAAUGAGUCUGUUAUUCUGUACUACUUAGAGCAAUCAUAAAUGUGUCUGCAAUUCUGAAGUGUACAUAGAUUUUAUAUUUAUUUUCAUUAACACUUGUUAAGUUGGUGGGGAAAUACGAUCAAGUGUUCUAUAGCCUAAGGAUGUCUAAACACUGUGCAUCAUUUGAUGGUGUGCUUUCUUUACAGAAAAGAAAAUAUAAACAUAAAAGGUAGAUUUGAGCUUAUUUAAAUAAGCAAAUUUAUUUAAUUCUUUUGGCACUAUUUCACAUUGACAUUAAACAAUAUUCAAGUAAUACAGCUUGAACCUGGAGGCAAUGCAAAGUCCUAAAUGCCAUUAGAAGUUAAUCUACUUUGAUCUUGGUCUCACAGCCAGUCAAAGAGGUGCAGUUACUUACUAUACUGAUUCUAUACAGUAGAUAUACCAAGUAUUUAUUUUCAUUCCCUAUGGUAUAGGGGGGACUUGGACAAUGGCCCUGUACUGGAGUUACCCUGAGACUUCUUACAGUCUUUAAUUGGAUUUGGUAUUCACCUGCAAAGACUGCCUAUGGAUUACAACCUAUAGGUGACUGAAAAUCUUUGUUAAAAUUGGUUGGGGAUUUUAAGGUGUUUGACAAGUUUGAGUUAAAACAGCUGAAGAAAGUCACGAACAUGUUUUAUGAAUGAUGAAGAGAUCUUUGUGGUAAGAUAUCAUUUUUGCAAAGGGCAUGACAACAUGAUUUACUCAAGUUAUUUUUACAUGAGUUUUGUACUGUGGUCAUGCAAAUAUCUUCAACAACAAUAUAUUUAUCAAUUCAACCUGGAUAAAGCAAAGUAACUUUCCAAACAUUCUGGUAAUUUACUUUGUAUGAUGAGUAAAUCCUAAAGAACUCACUGAGCUAAAUUUGCUGUUUUGGGGACCUUUUUAAUGAGAGUUUUGUUCAAGAAGGUGCUGUAUUAGGAUUUUGCUUUUAUUGUGAAUUCUAAUUUUUCAUACCACUACUUGACCAUUAACUCAUUCCAAGUCAAUAACUUGAAGUGUUCCAAUUUUAUCUCUAAUCAUAGCCAUUAUACAGCCAUUAUGGGUAUCCCUUUCAUAAAGAUUAAGACAUUUUAGCAGGCACUAGACUGGAAGAAGUGAAAAUAAGCCUUGCAUUUCAAAGUAAAAGCCAUUUAGUGCAAGUCAGAAAUAGGUACCCAGUGACAAAAGGCAACAUCACUAUUAAUGAAUUCAAAUGGUUCAUCCAAGUGUCUUUUAUCAGUAUAGAAUGUGAUGCCUUUUUAUAUCAGUUGUGUUUUUUGUUUGCUUUGGAAGUUGGUUUUACAGAUUUGUUGAUUUGAACUGAGUUCAAGUGGCCUGGAUAUUUGGGGAGAAGUCUAGCGGAAAUUUAUGCUCAACAUCAACGAAAUUAGGCUGACGUCCUACUUUGUUCCUACACUUCCUACAGUAUGGCUGCUCAGAACGUGAUGUCAGCUCAGGAAAUAGCAGAGUCAAAGCUGGUCUUCACAGUGCUGGAUAAAAAUUCUGAUGGCAAAGUGUCAGUCUGUGACAUCAGGACAACCAUGCACAAGUUAGGGCAUGAUGUCAGCAAUGAGGAUUGUCAAGAGUUUAUUAAAAAAGUGUCAUGUAAUGGAAAUGCCAGUUUUAAUGAAAAGGACUUUCUUGCCUGGAUGGAGACAUACAGAGAGAAAGAUUCAGAGACUGUUCUCUUAGAUUCUUUCAAAGCAUUUGACAAAGAUAAAAAUGGACUUAUAUCUCGGCAAGAGCUUCAGGAAGGCUUGGAGCUGAUGGGUGUACAUUUAACAGAAGACAUGCUGGAUGGUAUGUUCUCAGUAGCAGACAGAAACCGUGAUGGAGGAAUUAGUUUUGAAGAAUUUGUUCGUGUCAUGAAACCAUCCUAGCCAACCACCUUUUGUUUACCAUUGAGUUCAUCACUGCGACAGUUAUUUUAGGAAUAGACAAUCUUUUAUGUUGGAUUGCAAUUCACCUGACCCAAACAUGAUGGGGAUGUCCUUAGCACAUCAGUGAAACCAAACAUUUUAACUGCAGAUACAGUCCAAUUAUUUUGGUCUGCAUGGUUAAAUUGAGUUUUUGCAGCUGAAAAUUGGUGAAUGUUGAGAAUCUUGGCUGCUGAGUUGGUCUGAUACUAAGUAUACGGUACUUUUUUUGAUAUCAACUCCAAAGGCAAAACACAAACUUGCAACCAAGUGAAGGUGCUUCAGCCCUAUUAAUGUGUUCAAAGUGAAAAUUUAGCUUUUGAUGUUCAUAUAAGCUAAUUACUGAAUUAUUCAUCUCCAAGCAUGUUGCUGCCAGUAAAGCAUGCUUAUUAUCAUUUGCAUCCACUCAUUAAUUAUUCACAUAUUCAUCCAAGUUACAAAAUCUAAUCAAAAAUCCAUUAAUGUCAACAUUUCAAUUUUGUAUUUAAGUAAAU